CUAUGCAGCCCAUGUUUAGAGAGACUCCUUGGGACCGGGCAUCCGCAGAACAAUGUCUGUUUCUGUUCAAUUCAGAGUGGUUAUUGCACGCUGUUCUUCCCGCUAGGCAGUGCGUCUUUUUCACAGCUCCAUUGGGACUUACAGAGGUGAAAGGAAGAGUUGGAGCAUAACACCUCAUCAGAAUCAUGAGACGAACUGGGACAUCAUCUUUCCUCUUCUGCGCUCUUCAACUCACAGUGUUGUUGGCAGUUUUCUCAUCUGAAAUUAAAUUUGUUACAGCUGGGAAUUCAAACCCAAGCCUCGGAACAAACUCUUCCAUUGGCAACCAAACUAAUAAGAAGUGUGAUUCAGUGGAUACUGAAUGCAAAGUGGGUGUCAUUCUGCCCAUAUGGUUACCAGAGAACCCAUCCUUUGGUGAUAAACUGGCAAGAGCCACAGUUUACUUUGUGGCCUUGUUUUACAUGUUCCUGGGGGUCUCUAUCAUUGCGGAUCGCUUCAUGGCGUCCAUCGAGGUAAUUACAUCACAAGAGAGGGAGAUCACCAUCAAGAAACCAAAUGGCGAAAAAGUGACAACCACUGUGCGUAUAUGGAAUGAGACGGUGUCCAACCUGACCCUUAUGGCCCUGGGUUCCUCAGCCCCGGAAAUCCUACUGUCCGUCGUUGAGGUGUGCGGUCACAACUUUGACGCAGGUGAUCUGGGCCCGAACACAAUCGUUGGUAGUGCUGCCUUCAACAUGUUCGUUAUCAUUGGAUUCUGUGUUUCUGUCAUUCCUGAUGGAGAGCACCGGAAAGUCAAACAUUUGAGGGUAUUUUUUGUUACCGCCACCUGGAGUAUAUUCGCGUACACCUGGCUUUAUCUCAUCUUGGCUGUCAUCUCUCCGGGCAUCGUACAGGUGUGGGAGGGCCUUGUCACACUGUUCUUCUUCCCAUUGUGUGUUGGGAUGGCUUACGUCGCGGAUCGCAGACUUCUUGUCUAUAAGUACAUGUACAAACGCUACCGCGCAGGGAAACGAAGAGGGGUGAUCAUUGAGACGGAAGGGGAGGCGCAAAUACCUUCAAAGAUGGACAUUGAAAUGGACGGGAAAAUGCUCAACUCAGAGAGCUUCAUGGACGGAGCGAUGGGUUUCGAUGAGAAGGACCUGGAUGAGGAGGAGGCCAGAAGGGAAAUGGUCCGGAUCCUGAAGGAACUGAAGCAGAAGCAUCCAGAGAAGGAGACGGAGCAGCUGAUAGAACUGGCCAACUACCAGGUAUUGACACAGCAGCAAAAGAGUCGCGCCUUCUACCGAUGCCAGGCUACCAGGAUCAUGACGGGAGCAGGGAACGUACUGAAGAAGCAUGCAGCAGACCAAGCCAGGAAAGCUGUUGGUGCGUACGAGAUUCGCUCCGAAGUUUCUGAGAAUGACUUUUCGUCAAAGGUCUUUUUUGACCCCGGUACAUACCAGUGCUUGGAGAACUGCGGUACAGUGGCCUUGAAUGUAGUACGCCUUGGUGGGGACUUGACUAACACUGUUUCAGUGGAAUACCGUACCGAAGACGGCACAGCCAAUGCCGGAUCGGACUACCAGUUCACUGAGGGCGUUGUGGUGUUCAACCCCGGUGAGACUGAGAAGGAGAUCCGGAUAGACAUCAUUGACGAUGACAUCUUUGAGGAGGAUGAGCAUUUUCUGGUCCACCUUAGCAACGUGAAGGUCAUAUCGGAGGGCACUGGCUACGUACAACCAAGGGCUAAUCACUUGGACACUUUGGCGGGCCUUGGCCUACCCUGCUCAGCCACCGUGACUAUCUUUGACGAUGACCAUGCCGGGAUCUUUACUUUUGAAGAACCGGUAAUGACCAUAAGCGAAAGUAUCGGCAUGAUGGAAGUAAAGGUUCUUCGUACCUCAGGAGCGCGGGGUCUAGUGGUCGUACCCUACAAGACCAUGGAGGGUACAGCAAAAGGAGGGGGAGAAGACUUUGAAGAUACGCACGGAGCGCUGGAAUUCCAGAACGAUGAGAUUUUCAAAUCUAUACAGAUCAAUAUAAUCGAUGACGAGGAGUAUGAGAAAAACAAGAACUUCUUCCUUGAGAUGGGAGAGCCUCAGCUGCUGGAGAUGAGUGAGAGGAAAGCUGUGUUGCUUCAAGAAAUUGGUGGAUUCGUGAAGACAGACAAAAGGCUUUAUGGCAGGGACGUCUACCGGAAAGUGCAGGGUAGGGAUAACCCUGUCCCUGCCACCAUUAUCAGCCUUGCAGAGGAAGGGGACGAGGAAGCUCUCUCUAAGAAGGAGGAGGAGGAACGCCGCAUCGCUGAGAUGGGCCGGCCCACCCUGGGGGAGCACGUUAAACUGGAAGUCGUCAUCGAGGAGUCGUAUGAGUUCAAGAACACAGUGGAUAAACUGAUUAAGAAGACCAACUUGGCUCUAUUGAUUGGAACCAAUAGCUGGAGGCAGCAGUUUAUGGAAGCUAUCACAGUCAGCUCUGGCGAUGAUGACGAGGACGAGUGCGGCGAGGAGAAGCUGCCCUCCUGCUUUGAUUACGUCAUGCACUUCCUCACCGUCUUCUGGAAGCUCCUGUUCGCAUUUGUGCCGCCCACCGACUACUGGAAUGGCUGGGCCUGCUUCGUGGUCUCCAUCAGUAUGAUUGGCCUGCUCACCGCCUUCAUUGGAGACCUGGCCUCCCACUUUGGCUGUACCGUGGGCCUCAAGGACUCCGUGACCGCCGUGGUGUUUGUGGCGCUCGGGACGUCUGUGCCAGACACAUUUGCCAGCAAGGUAGCUGCAAUUCAGGACCAGUACGCCGAUGCCUCCAUCGGCAACGUAACGGGCAGCAAUGCCGUCAACGUCUUCUUGGGCAUCGGCGUGGCCUGGUCCAUCGCUGCCAUCUACCACAAUUCCAAGGGCAACGACUUCCGGGUGGACCCGGGCACCCUGGCCUUCUCCGUCACCCUAUUCACCAUCUUCGCCUUUGUCGCCGUGGCCGUGCUCAUGUACCGGCGCCGGCCCGAGAUUGGGGGCGAGCUGGGUGGGCCCCGUGGCCCCAAAAUCGCAACCACCUGUCUCUUCUUCAGCCUGUGGCUCAUGUACAUCGUCUUCUCCUCCCUGGAAGCUUAUUGCCACGUCAAGGGCUUCUAACUUCUCUAUAAAGUAUCUGAAAGCAAGAUUCAAAAAGGGAUAAUUAAAAGAUCUAAGAAAGCUUCUGAAAGAUCUUCGAAAGCUUCUUAGUCUUUGAAAGCUUCUAUAAGGUCUAAUAAAGCUAUUCAAAAGUAUUUGAAAGCUUCUAAAGUAAAUUUUAAAUAUUUUUAGUCUUUUAAAAGCUUCUAAAAUAAAUGUUAAUGCUUCUAAAAAGAACCACUUUAUUGACAUCCUACGCCAUUGACUUCCAUGUCCAUUUAUCCUAAAUCUAACAUCCAUGACUCUGCAUACCCUUCUCGUCCUAUGCUUAAGCCACCUACUGCCACAUCCAAGACAUCCAAAGCAUCCACUACUACAACUAAGGCCUCUGAACCAACACCAGCCGGAUGGUGGCCCAAAAAUAGGGAUUUUUGUUUAUUUUUAACUAUUCAUUUAGUGUUUGUUCUCUAGCUCCUUCGAUCCUGUUGUUGCAGCUUUAUUUUAAAUGGAAGCUAUCUGUUGACUUUCAUUGGAUCAAGACUCCUAAGGCUGUGUAUCCAAAAUGUACUUUCAAAUGAAGCAAAAACGUGUGCUUGUUUGGUUAUACAGAACUUCAAAGCUGGGCAUAAAAGUGCUGCUGGUUGGCGUCCACAAUUUCUGUUCAGGCCCCCCCCCCCCCCCCACACACAAAAUAAUUGACAAAUUUGUCAUAAUAUUCCUGUAGCCAGAAACGUGAGUGAUUGUUUAAAUGCAAAGAGCAUAUGGAUGAAAAAUGCAUAGUUACUUAGGUAAAAACUUGAAUGAGGCUAUAGCUCAUUUUAUGUCUACACUGUACUGUUGCAGUGAUGACUGUACCUCUAAUAUUAUAGAAACUAAAAAAAAACUUUCCUUACAAGAAGAAUGUCUUGAUAUAAAAUGUCACUAAUGCACAUGUUACAUAUUAUAAUUUUUUCCCCACUAAACAUUUAUCAGCAACAAUACUAUAACACUAUACAAGUAGAGUGUUGGCUACAAUACACCGAGAUCUUUUCACUAAAAUGCAUUUACCACAAUUUACAAAUGAAAUAUCAUUGUAAAACAAAAAAUUAACUGCGUAAAUUGAAAUCAACAAGUUGUUUUAUCAACAAAAAAAAAUCUAAUUGGACGGAAUGAGCCUAGAUAUUAUUCAGUGAAAGAUUUUUGAAAAUGUUUUUAGGAAAAUGAACCAACCUUUUCUAGCGUGGUUGGACAGGUUGAAGUUCUUUUGAUAUUCUUAUCAGACCUCUCAUGACAAGGAUUAUAUCCUAUACAGUAUGGAUCUUCCAUAUUUGGGUGAAUAGGGCUUUUAAGACUUCUAUCAUACUGCAGUAAGAAGAUAAAGUCCAGAAAAUAUAUAGUAUGCCGUGAAUGGGCAACUUUUGUAGGCCUUUUGUAGGCCUGCGGACCAAUUACACUUUUAAUUUUUUUGAAAACAAAUUCUUAGGAGUUUAGUCGGGGUCUCAACUCACUGUUGAGGGUUAGAAUAAAGAAUACACAAGAUGCAAUUUAGAAAUGUGGUUGUGCAUCAGCAGUCACUCAAUUAGCCCAUUUCAGCUAAAUGUUUUUUGAUUGGUAAAUUAGUCUAGUGGCCAGCUAUCUAAACUUGUAGUAAGCAUGGUUGAAUUAAUGACCGGGGUGGGGCCCUUUGAUCAUCAGUUAUCAUAUUAAAACUGCUGACAUUUGCAUCCACCCUAUGGUAAAAUGUGUAGAAUUUCAGGAAAUGAGCUGUAAAACUUCUAAUUGUUUUCUCCAGUCCAUGGCAAAAUGAGUAAAAUUGCAUGAAAUGAGUUGUAAAAUAAAAAUAUAUUCUCUGUGCCCAGUGGCAAAAUGUGUAGAAUUGCAGAGAACAUGCUUUAAAACGGUAACAUUUUCUCUACACCCCAUGGCAAAAUGUGUAGAAUUGCAGGAAAUUAACUUUAAAACUUCAAAUGUUUCUCUUCGCUGUCACAGGGGUGCUUUGCUGGCGGGGGGUGGUAUGGAUGUGGGUACGCAGACCCACGAACCACUGCAGCCCCUCAUGAUGAGUUCCGUUGUUCAUCCCUGUAGUAAACUAUCAAGAUCUCCAAGACAGAGACUGCCAAUCCCUUUAUAUAUGUGAUGUCCAUAGCAUCUUUCAUUUUGUCUGUUAACUAUCACAGGUGACAGACAAAACAACAAACUCUACAGUUGUGCUUCUCUCAUAGAAAAGUCAUCAAAAAUGUAUUGCGUGUCAAGUUUUGUCAUACGUUGAUUCUUUGUCCAGGUGUGCGGUGAUGUUCACUUUAGCGCUGUGGUGAGCAUAGUGUGCUCUGACUGAAUAAUCCUCAAUGUUGGAUUAUCAAUGUGCUAAUUGUAAACUAUAUGCAUGAGUGUAAACAUAACUGUAUAUCAUAAGCCGUAGUUAUCAUUAACAUUAGGGGACACAUUUUAAUAAUGAGUAGUAAUGGAUUUGGGUUCAUUGAGUUUGUUUUUGUGUGUUUGCUCCUAGAACAAUGUUAUCUGAAAGACUACACUUCUUUAAAGUAAUGUGAACAAAUAAUUUCUUAUUUGUAUGAAAAGGCAAUAUCUCAUACUCUUGUGUUGAUGAAAUAGGUAUUUGUACUGUCCAAAACUAUAGUUUGCUGAUGUCAAGUUUGCGGAAAAGACGAAGCAGUACUUUGUCUGUGUUAUCUGUUUUUGUAUAUAGUGUACAGUGUUGUCAAAGU